CCCUAAAGGCGAGGGCGAGGAGCAGGGCCCGCGGAGCGCCGCGGGGCGGGGCCCGGUAUUUGCAAGGGAGAGAAAAGCCCGACAGAACCCGGUGCCUGCAUGCCAUGGUGUUGGGGCACUCUCGUCCACCCCUGUGCCUGCGGUGACGUGACACGCCAUUGUGACAUCAUCCCUUCCCUUGUGAUGUAACCCAGAGGCGAGACUAUCGGGGAGUGUUAGGCUGUUGGGCCUCCCGAGGUCUCGUGGCCUCCCACCUCCUUUCCACCCGUAGAAUGGCCUCACCCCUUCGGGGAAAGACCGCUUCGCCCCUGGUGGAAACCACCCGCUACAAGGAGACAUCGACGGUCCGCGUGGAGACCUCGUCCCACCGCGUGGAGACCUCCUCCCGGCGGGUGCACACGUCUUCCCGGCAGGUGGAGACCACCCAGGUCCCCUCUGGGAAGCGGCUUCCUCGCAUCCUCGAGGUGUCCUCCCAGCACGUGGAGACCUCCUCGCAGCGCACAGAAACGUCCUCCCGCCACGUCAGGGCCUCGUCCUUGCGCGUGGAGACGUCUCUGCACCGUGUGGAGAGCCCUCCCCGGAGGGACAAGACGGCAGCCAGCCAGAAUGUAAAAAUGUCCCGAUGAAACACUUCCCAAAGGCCACGAAAGGGCCAUGGCCCUCGGCCAGGACCACAUUGCCUCCAGUUUGCAGCCACCAAGCUGCCAGGUGGACCAAUCAGAGCAACCGCCUAUACAUCAGCCUAAGAAAGGCCAAUCCGCAGUUUCCGGACUCAGCCAACAUUUAUUGCCCACGCUGCACCUUGGACCUUCCUGCCUUUGACCCAGGCAACUGUUUUAACUGGAAGCCAGCACAAGUGUCCAGGUCCAUUCUCCUGUAUAAAUUGAGUUGAUGGAUAAGAGGCUGUUUGAACCUCUGAACCAGGAGGACCCGACUCCACCGCGUCUGUUCUGGUUUGGCUCCGUGAGGUGUGACAUUGGAGUGACCCAGCGGACAUCACCCAGACGCCUCAGGACCCCAGGGCAGCUGCCUAGGUGGGCAGGCUUGGCCAGGACUGUCUCCCCACCAGUCUGAGGUGGCCUCAUCUGGGCUGAUCUCCCGAGAAAUGGCGGGAGUGACCAGGCUGUCCCUCAGUGACCCCCUCCAAUGAAGUGUUCCCAGCUCUCCACCUUCAGAACAAAUGGACCUGCUUGUCCUGGCAGUGGGGGAUGUGGGUCCCCAAAGUCCAGAUGUGGAUAGCAGAGGGGCCCACAGCGGUGACCGCAGCUCAGCCUCUCUUCCCGCUCCGAGCCCCUGGCCUGAGGUGGCAGAAAGAGCUCCCUUCUCAGGCGAAAUCCACUUGUCCCGGUGGAUGCAGUGGAUGCGCGGCCACCAGCACUCCAUGGUGCGGCAGGGACAGAGCGGGCUGGCGCACUGCCCACUUCCAGCGGCGUUGAAGGUUCCCAGGCACCUGGGGAGAUUUCAGGAAGACUUCAGAAAGGCAGCUGACCUCGCGGGAAGUCGGCGCAGAUGCACGUGGGAGCCUGUGGCCGGCGAGUUGCCGACUCCGGGCACUGGACCUGCUGCGCGUCACUGAGGCAGGCGGUCUCCACUGUCACCUCUCAGACACCGUGGACCUUGCAAUUGGAGGCCGUUAAAAGCUAGAAACUCAGACAUCGAGUUCUAGCUUCUCAUUUUAUUUAGACCAUUUUUAACACUCAUCUCUUUUAAAAAUGAUUAUAAAGUAGUGCAUGCCUAUUCUAAAAUAUUUGGAAAUACAGAAAACAAGACGAAAAUAUAUAACCCUGUAAGGUCACCAAAGAUAACUGCUGCUAUAUUUCCACCUCAACUUUUUUCCUGUGGUCGUGUAUGUUUUUAUUAUCAUAAAAACACAUAUAAUUUGUAUCUGUUUUCUUUAAAUAUAAGCAUUUUCAACAUAAAAAUGU